UAGCAAUAACACGUAAAUAAUAUUUAUUAAAAAUAAUUUAAAUCAUGUUUUAAAGAUUACCAGGGCUCCUAGGUUCAUGUAUUUUCAUGUUUUUUGCUUCUUAGGAAAGCAGAUAGUACUGUUGUCCUUGCUUCUGCUGCGCACAUCGUACGUGUAUUCCAUGUCCCUAAAAUAAACUUUUGCAAUUUAUUUUUCAUCCGAGGCUUUGCUGUGUUUUGUUCCGAAACAAAGUUGUUUUUAUGAAUUGGAUGGUUAGCCCUACGUCCACCCCCGUUAAUGGUGGACCCAAGUUUUGAAGAAUUUCUCCUCUGUUCUUAUUGGAUACAUUACUGGAAUCAGCCAGGGGAUAUUGCAGUGUUUUCCAUACCGGGCUAUGGGAUCGCCAUUUCCCUACAUUAUUACCUACUGGAAUCGUCCACCUGGGGCUUUACACCAGUAGGAGCUCUGGACCCCGGGUUCACUACGCCCGUAUUACUAAUUGCUUAGUACCCCCUGAAGGGAAAUAUGCAACUAAUAAAAUAAUAUUUUUUUUAGUAUAUAGUAUUUAAAUUAAAUAUUUUAUGUUAUUUUUUUCAGGUGUGGACAGAUGUAAAAUAUGUGAUCAAUUUUUAAAUGUAGAUGUAACUAAUGUAAGUUGUUGUGAAAAUCAAUUCCAUAAGAAAUGUUUAGAUGAAUGGUUAACAUCAAAAAAUGUUGCUUGUCCUAAUUGUGAUAAAAAUUUAAUAACAGGUUUUGGCAUAUGUAAAGGGUGUAAUCAAGAUUUAAUUAUGGACAUAACUGUAGCUGAGUGUUGUAAAACUCAGUUACAUCAGGAAUGUUUAGAUAAAUGGUUAACUAAUUCGAUAAGGUGUCGUUUAUGUGAAGGAGAUUUAAUAUCCGGUAAAUAUUUAAUAACAUUACAUAAAUUUAGUGUUUUUUUUAGAAAAAUAAAUACACAAAAAUGUUAACUAAUAUGUGGGUAACAUUAGAAUGACUGUAAGCUACAUUAGUAGGUUUUUUUUAAUAAUAUUUAGAAGUACCAGCCCCUAGAAUUGUUCGAAUACCCCAAAAAAAAUAAUUGUGCAAAAAUUGAUGACGAUUAUCAAACUAUAAGGCAUGCCCUAAAAGGGUUAAUAAUGAUAACCUAUGGGAAGAUUUUUAAUUUUUAUUUCUAUCUCCUAAACAUUAACUUUUACGAAAAAGUUCAUAGAAACUUUUUUGUAAAUAUGUUUUGCUAUAAAUAAGAUAUCUACAAACAUUUUUCAAAAAUUGUUUUUUAGCCUAACAAAAAAAUGAAAAUGCAAAUGUUCUAUAUUUACCGUUGAAACUAUUAACUUGAUUUAUUUUAUGAAC